AUGCAGUCUAUUUUGCUUUCCCUUCCUUUUCUUACCAGCAGAGGUGUUUCACCAGUUCUUGCAGCGUCGUUGAUCCAUGCUGCAGUUGAUGAAGUCCUCCAAGCAGACUUGACUGAAUUUAAGCAGCAAAGUGUGGAAACAGAGGGAGAAGGAGAUGAAGAAAGGUUCACCUUGCUGGAUGGAGAGUCAUUGCAGCGCUGCUUCUUUAACAAGCUUCGGGAUGUUUGCUUCGAGUGGCAAAAGCAGCUGCCACCACUGAGACCACUGAAGCGGUUCCUGCUUGUUUCCAUCCAUGCCAUCCGUAACACUCGACGGAAAAUGGAGGACCGCCACGUUCUGCUCCCAGAGUUCAAUCAGCUGUUUGGUUUAUCAGAUGACAUUGAUCGUGCUUACUUUGCGGUGUUUGAUGGCCAUGGUGGAGUGGAUGCUGCCAAUUAUUCAGCAACCCAUUUACAUGUAAAUGUUGGGCUACAUGAAGAGAUUGUUAAGAAUCCAGCUGAGGCCUUGAAAUGCUCUUUCCAGAAGACAGAUGAAAUGUUUCUUUUCAAAGCCAAAAGAGAGAAGCUGCGGAGUGGUACAACAGGUGUAUCUGCAUUGAUUGUAGGGAACAAGUUACACAUAGCAUGGCUAGGGGACUCGCAGGUAAUGCUUGUGCAGCAAGGAAAAGCUGUGACGUUAAUGGAACCUCACAAACCAGAAAGAGAAGAUGAGAGAGCACGUAUUGAGACUCUGGGUGGUUGUGUAACCUACAUGGACUGCUGGCGGGUUAAUGGUACCUUGGCUGUUUCCAGAGCAAUUGGUAAGAUAAACCAUCAGAAUUG